AUGCAGCAGGAGGCAAUGAUGUAUUUCUCCAAACUCGACGAUUCCCCAAUGUUUCGUCAACAGAUCCAGUGUUUGGAAGAAAUUGCAGAGACACUAAGGGAGAGAGGUUCAAAAUUCUAUAAAGGCUGUCGAAAGUACACAGAAGGCCUAACAGAAGCAAAUGAAAGGGAUGCUGCUUUUGCAAGCUCCCUUGAAAGUUUUGGUGGAGGACCUGAUCCUAUUUCUAUGGCUUUUGGAGGUCCUGACAUGAUAAAGUUUGCAGUUGUUUUAAGAGAAAUUGGGACAUAUAAAGAAAGUCUUCGAUCAAAGAUUGAGCAUACACUAAGCGAUAGAUUAAUUCGCUUCACCAAUAUGGAGCUGCAAGAUAUCAAGGAAGCUAGGAAACGUUUUGAUAAGGCUGAUGCUGUUUAUAGCCAGAUACGUGACAAGUUUUUAUCAUUGAGAAAAAGUACUCGAACAGAAAUAGCUGCUGCAAUGGAGGAGAGAGACGUUCCAGGAACUUUAUAAUGCAAGAAUGACAUUUGAGCAAGCUCGCUUCAAUCUGGUUUCUGCUCUUUCAAGCGUUGAAACAAAGAAAAGAUUUGAGAUUGUGGAGUCUCUUGGUGAGGCAAUGGACGCCCAUCUUCAUUAUUUCAAACAGGGAUAUGAGUUGUUAAUUCAAAUGCAGCCUUACAUCCAACAGGUAUUGUUACAUGCACAGAAAGCUAGACAAAGCUACUAUUCAGAACAACAAACACUAAAUGAAAGGGUCCAAGAAUACAAGAAACACAUUGAUGUGGGAGUGGGAAGCAGAAUAUCUUCUAAUAUUUCUGUUGGUAAUGGUGACAUGGCACAACAAUAUCCAAGAAACUCCCAUAAAGUAAUACACGCAGUUAUGCAGUCUGGUGCAGAGGGGAAGGUUCAAAACAUCAAACAAGGAUAUCUAUCAAAACGCUCCUCAAAUUUGAGAGGAGAUUGGAAGAGAAGAUUCUUUGUACUUGAUAACCGAGGGAUGCUGUAUUACUAUCGCAAGCAAUUAGCCAGACCUUCUGGAUCUGGUGUUCAGAGAGGUAAUACAGCUGAGCCUGGGCCUGGUAUACUCAGCAGGUGGCUAUCUUCUCAUUAUCAUGGUGGGGUGCAGGAUGUGGCACGCCACACAGUCAACUUGCUUACAUCUACAAUAAAACCUGAUGCUGAACAAUCAGAUUUGAGAUUUUGUUUCAGGAUUAUCUCUCCAAUGAAGAUAUACACUUUACAGGCAGAAAGCUCACUGGAACAAAUGGAUUGGAUUGAAAAAAUAAACGGAGUAAUAGCUUCACUCUUAAGCUCCCAAACACCUGAGAUGCAUCUAUGUACAAGUCCUACGAGUGAAGGUAGUUUAGGAGAAAUCCCAAUGAGUCAAGAUAGGAAGACAUCUGCAGAAUGUAGCAGUGAGAAAGAUAGGAGUUCAAGAAACAUGAUGCGUGCUUGUAAAAGCUCCCAACAAUUAAGAUAUGGUGGAAGAAAUGAAAAACCAGUCGAUGCAUUGAGAAAAAUAGUUGGUAAUGAUAAGUGUGCUGAUUGUGGUGCACCUGAUCCAGACUGGGCUUCCUUAAAUCUUGGAGUUCUUAUCUGCAUCGAGUGCUCAGGUGUUCAUCGCAAUCUUGGUGUUCAUAUAUCCAAGGUAAGAUCUUUGGAACUUGAUGUGAAGGCAUGGGAACCUUCUGUGAUUAAGCUGUUCCAGUCAUUAGGGAAUGUAUUUGCCAAUUCAGUAUGGGAGAAAAUGUUGACUGGAAAAAGAAGUCAUCAGGCUGAUGAUGAAUUAUCUUGGAGAUCCAUGGAGUCUGAUAAAUCAGGUGAGUCCUUGGGAAAACCUAGUUGUGAUGAUCAUAUAUCCACAAAGGAAAAGUUCAUUCACGCAAAGUAUUCAGAAAAGAGAUACGUUCAAAAAGUAAUAAACCCUCAUCAUCUUAUGACACUGGAACAACAAUUAUGGGAAAAUGUGUGUUGUAAUGACAAGAAAGCAGUUUACCUUCUUAUCAUCAUAUGCAAUGCAGAUGUGAAUGCCACUUAUGGUGCCAUCACACACUCACAAGACCUAACUACAGUUGAGAUUGACCAUGAACAUGAAUAUGAAUGUGACUACUUAAAAAGUUAUUUUACAGACAGUUCCUCCUCAAGAUCUUCAGCCUCAAUAAAAGGGACUAAUGAUCCCUUAACCAAUGAAGCCCUAGAUGGUUGUUCCCUUCUUCACUUGGCUUCCCAAACUGCUGACUGUACCAUGGUGGAACUGCUGUUACAACAUGGAGCAAAUAUUAAUGCUUGUGAUUCAAAAGGUCAAACGCCACUUCAUCAUGGUAUCAUGAGAGGACGACUUGCAAUUGUAAAGUUACUUCUUACCAGGGGAGCUGAUCCAUUAGCAGCUGACAUGGAAGGUAAAACGCCACGUCAGCUUGUGUCAGAAUUAGGAAUUGAUGAUAUCCAACUCCUUGCCCUUCUACGAGCACCAAAGAGAUAGCACCAAGGACUAGUAGGUUAACAGCUCAUUUUUGGUCAACCAUGGACCUUGUAUAUUUACUUUAUACAAAAUACAUAAUAGUAACUUAUAAAAAAUGCUUAAAUUUUUGGUAACUAGGAGAUAUAACAUGCUGUACAUUAACCAAUUUUUUUGUAAUACUUACAUGUGCUAAAUGCAAG